AUGGCUUCAACCAAGGCCACCCCCGAAGGCGAGACCGGGGCCCCCGAGAUCGGCAAGGCCGAUGCAGCGCCUCUGCAUUUCCUCCCCGAGGAUGAGCUCGAACAAACCAAGACCAUGAACGAGAUCAUCCGCAAUGCCAAAUCCGCCACUGAGAAUGAGCAGAAGAUGACCCUGCUACAGGGGAUCAGGUUGUAUCCCAAGGCCGUGGCAUGGAGUGUCCUUAUUUCGACCUGUAUCUGUAUGGAGGGCUAUGAUAUUAGUUUGGUCAACAACUUCUAUGCAUUCCCACAGUUCAACAAAAAGUAUGGAGAACAAUUACCAGACGGCUCGCACCAGAUCCCAGCGCCCUGGCAAGCAGGUCUCAGUAAUGGUGCCAAUGUUGGAGAGAUCAUCGGCCUUUUCAUCAAUGGUUACGUUUCUGAGCGAUUCGGAUACCGCUACACAGUCAUGACUUGUCUCACCUUGGUUAUUGCUUUCACGGCCAUUUUCUUCACUGCAAAAGAUGUGAUCGCGUUGGAGGUUGCUGAGAUCCUUUGCGGUAUUCCAUGGGGAGUGUUCCAAACACUGACCAUUACAUAUGCCUCGGAAGUUUGCCCUGUCGCCCUGCGUGGAUAUCUCACAACCUAUGUCAACUUCUGCUGGGGCCUUGGCCAGCUGAUUGGAAUUGGAGUCCUCAGGAGCAUGUUGCAUCGAGAUGAUGAGUGGUCCUAUCGCAUUCCUUUUGCUCUCCAAUGGAUGUGGCCUGUUCCACUUCUUGUAGGCAUUGCCAUGGCUCCCGAAUCACCUUGGUGGCUUGUUCGAAAGGGUAGAGUCCAGGACGCGAAGAAGGCCCUUCUUCGCUUGACCAGUCUAAAUAGGGAGACGGAUUUCAACGCCGAUGAGACUAUUGCGAUGAUGGUUCAUACAACUGCUUUAGAAGAGAAGAUCACUUCAGGAGCGAGCUAUUGGGAUUGUUUCAAAGGCACUGAUUUGCGGAGAACUGAGAUUAUCUGCAUGGUCUGGGCCAUUCAGAAUCUUUCCGGAAACUCUUUCUCAAACUACUCCACGUACUUCCUUGAACAAGCUGGCCUUGACCCCGCCAACGCUUAUAAUUUCGCCAUGGGCCAAUACAGCAUCAACAUGGCUGGUGUCUUUGGCGCAUGGUUCCUCAUGUCUUGGGGAGUAGGCCGAAGAACUCUCUACCUUGUUGGACUGUGUGGUCUCUGCACCAUGCUCUUUAUCCUUGGUUUCCUCGGUCUCGUUCCCUCAGCCCAGAAAAAGGAAGCUUCUCUCGCAACUGGGAGCAUCAUGUUGGUCUGGGCAUUAUGUUACCAGUUAUCUGUCGGUACCGUGUGUUACUCACUCGUGGCUGAGUUAUCCACCCGCCGACUCCAGAUUAAGACCGUCGUUCUCGGACGAAACCUUUACAACAUCGUCGGAAUCAUCUGCUCCGUCCUAACACCCUAUAUGCUUAACCCCGGCGCUUGGAACUGGGGCAAUUACGCCGGUUUCUUCUGGGCAUCCAUCUGCUUCUGCUGCAUCAUCUACACAUACUUCCGCCUCCCAGAACCCGCAGGUCGGUCCUUUGCCGAGUUGGACAUGUUAUUUGAGCGUGGCAUUAGUGCACGCAAGUUCUCUAGCACCAAGGUUGAUGUUUUCCAUGAGAAUGUUGAUGAGAAGGUUAUCGAGAACUAUGAGUAUGAAGGAGUGAGGAAUAGGGAUGGGGAGAGCAGAGCAGGGACUCAUGAGAAGGAAUAG